CAAUGAUUUUCAGGAAAUGCAUAACUGAAACCACCUCGCGAAUCACGCAACUCCUGCAACGACACGUCCAGUUUUACAACUACGGCGCUCAGUGACUGCUCGGCGUGUCGUUGCCCUGGAAGAUGUCUACGGAGGCCUGCAAGGAACCAGCGGAACACCCCAGACUCCUGAAGCUGUCAUCCGCCCUGUUUUACGCCGGCAGCUCGUUUCUGAUCACCGUGGUGAACAAAACCGUGCUGACCAGCUUCAGAUUUCCCUCCUACCUGUUUCUGGGAAUUGGACAGAUGAUCACUACUAUUGUCGUCCUUUAUUUGGCAAAAAGAAACAACGUGGUGAAGUUUCCAGACUUUGACAGAAGCGUUUUCUUAAAAAUUUUCCCUCUGCCGCUGCUGUAUGUUGGAAACCAUGUAACAGGACUGGCCAGCACCAAAAAACUCAGUUUACCUAUGUUUACGGUCUUACGGAAAUUCACCAUACUGAUGACAAUGGUGCUGGAAGCUUAUUUGCUAAGAAAAACAUUUCCAAGACGUAUCAUCGGCUGUGUUGUGACGAUGGUCUUCGGGGCCAUGGUGGCUGCAAGUUCUGACCUGGCCUUUGACGUGGAGGCCUACACUUUCAUUCUCCUCAACGAUGCCUUCACCGCAGCCACUGGGGUUUACACCAAGAAGAAACUUGGAGAUCAGGGCCUUGGGAAGUACGGCGUCUUGUUUUACAAUUCGCUGAUCAUCGUCUUCCCCACUGUCUUGGCCAGUGCGUUCACAGGAGAUUUACACAAGGCGCUCUCAUUUGAGGACUGGAGCAAAGUUACAUUUAGUUUCUGCUUCCUUCUGUCCUGCUUCAUGGGAUUUGUAUUGAUGUACUCAAUAGUCCUCUGCAGCUAUUAUAACUCGGCGCUUACAACUACAGUUGUAGGGGCCAUAAAGAAUGUGGCCGUUGCUUACGUGGGUAUCUUUGUGGGUGGAGACUACCUGUUCUCCUGGACUAACUUCCUCGGCCUCAGCAUUUGCAUGUCAGGAGGACUAGUCUACUCUUUCUUCACCUUCAACAGCAGUCAGUCACCUGGAAAUAACGCAGAAUCAUCCCAGGAGCUGAAGAUUCUCAUUACAGAAGAUCCAUCCAGGAAACCCUGAGCCGAGGAAACCUUUAACCACUAGGUGGCGUUAUCCUGCUUCACAUUGAAGAAUCUACUUAUUCAGCACUUCUGUGUCUGUUUUUUAUAUGAAGAGCUUUUAACAAACAUUCCUAAAGCUAUUUAAUCCACAUUUUAUUCAAAACUAACCCCAAAUAAACAAGAAGUGCCACAACAGUUUGUGUCAGAUUCAGUGAAUGUUUUAUUGAUCAACGAUGAGAUAACGGUGUGGACAGCCUGUCAGAGAAAUCUUAUGUUUACAACGUGUAGAAAAUAAAAAAUAAAACAUCUACCAGCAAGCAGGAUCCCUCUAUACUGUCAAACAUGAUGAACACUGCGGAAGGAUGUUAGCAGAAGCAAAAAACUGAAACUAAAAUUAAAACUUCGAAGCUUUUUGUAAAUAGUGUGCAUACUCAUUUUGUUGUCUAAAAGAAAAAAAAACUAUAUAUAUAUUAAAUGCCUUAAUUUACUCAAACCAUAAAACAAACUAUUGGGUUGGGCUCAUUAAAUCUUUUAUCUUUUUCUUCUCAGAUUAUUAUUAUUUUGCCUCUUUAAAGGGUAAUUUGUGAACCAGAUCGAAAGCACAGCUGGAGGAAGAGUUUCCCUAAACCGAUCAGAGGCAGAACAUCAGGGGCUUUGUACAGUGUUAAAAAUGAUGUAGUGUCGAAGUUAAAAAAAAAAUAAAAAAUAAAAAA